CCUCUCUUAUGGCAGCAAAAAAGCUCGCCUCACUGAUACAGAAGGGCAAAGUUGUCGCGGCCAGUCAGGGUGGGCGCCUAGGCGCCUAGGUGGAGUUGGACGAGGAUGGGCACCUUGUUGGCCCUGACGGGCGCCCUCUACUUCUUCAGCCCCUUCGGAACGAGCUUGGGCGAAUCGCCCUGCCUUGCUCUCCUCACGCCGCCGUUGGUAGAGGCUCUGCGAUGAGCUUGGCGAUUUCCGCGACAAAAAUGCGGCAGGUACCCUCUGAGAUCGAUGAAGAGCAUCUUUUUGCAGAGCUCGCCCAAGCGGGCGCCAAGGUGCUCCUUAUUUGCGGAGAGAGGCGCCCCACGCCUGAGGCAACCAAAGGAGAGUGUCUGGUUGGUUCGACUUUCCUAUCCAUGGCA